UUUGGAUUGGCGUGAUUGUGACUGCUAGAAGCAAUAAAGGCCAGAGACGGGGCGGAGUUAAUCAAGCUGCAAGUCGAGGUUGAUCCUGUCCUCAAUCGAGUGCAUAUAUCAAGAGUGAUAAAGUUCAUUAAGUUCGGCUUCACAUAGAAUAAUAUCUGAUAAAAAAAUCUAAAUACCAUGGCGGCACUGAAGCAAAUGACAAGGAUGUCAGGGAAAUUCAAGACUAUCCCAAAUUCAAAUAGAUAUCGAUUAACAGUAGCCAAGACUUUUUAUACUUAUGUCAACGAACCAGCUAUGCCUAUUCCUGAAAAAGAACCUACAUGGGUAAAAUCCUCGGAGGAAGCUGUAGAAAGAGCUGGUCUAGCAUCUGAUCAAUUGGUAUUUGUCCAAGGAGCUGCUGCCACUCCGGUUGAAUUAUUAAGAGGUUUAACGGAAUAUGGAGCUCGAUCUAACGUUAAAAAUGUUCGGCUUUGCCACAUGCACCUUGAAGGAGCUGCUCCUUUUGCAAAGAAGGAAAAUGCGAAACACUUCCGAUCAGUCAGCUUUUUCAUUGGAGGCAACGUAAGAGGAGCUGUGAAUGAAGGACAUGCCGAUGCAAUUCCCAUUUUUUUGCACGAAAUUCCAAAAAUGUUCAAUCGUGACAUUAUGAAGCCUGAUAUUGCUUUAAUCCAUGUUACCCCACCAGAUAGCAAAGGGUACUGCUCUCUAGGAACAAGUGUAGAUUGUGUCAGAGCAGCUUUAAUUAAGUCCAAAAAAAUAAUCGCACAAGUCAAUGAACAAAUGCCAAGGACUUUUGGUGAUGCGCUCAUUCAUAAAAGUCACAUAGACUUUGCUGUCGAACACAAUGGUCCCUUGCCAGCUCAUGCAGUAAAAGCUCCGUCCGACAAAGAACAGAGCAUUGGUAAACAUAUUGCAGAAAAUUUAGUAGCAAAUGGAGCAACUCUUCAAUUAGGAAUUGGUAGCAUUCCUGAUGCUGUUCUUGCACAACUUAAAAGUCAUAAAAAUUUGGGAAUCCAUAGUGAGAUGUUCAGCGAUGGAGUAGUAGAUCUUGUAAAUCUUGGAUGCAUCACAAACAAUGAGAAAACAAUUCAUCGGGGACGUAUUGUUGGAUCUUUCUGUGUUGGCUCUCAGAAGCUGUAUGAUUUUAUGAAUAACAAUCCUUUCAUUGAAAUGUUAGUCGUCGAUUAUGUCAAUGAUCCCAGAAUAGUCGCAAAACAGCCAAAAAUGACAUGCAUUAAUUCCUGUAUUGAAGUAGACCUUACUGGACAAAUUUGUUCGGACAGUAUUGGAACUCGAAUGUAUUCAGGUUUUGGAGGUCAAGUAGAUUUUCUCACUGGUGCUGCUAUGAGUGAAGAUGGUCUUGGAAAUCCUAUUGUAGCCUUAAACUCUACUACUGCUGAUGGAAAAACAAGUAAAAUUGUACCUAUAUUAAAACCUGGUGCUGGUGUUGUCACCAGCCGAGCAUUGGUAAGGUAUGUUGUAACAGAACAUGGUAUCGCAAGUUUAUUCGGCAAGACUCUCAAACAAAGAGCAUACGCUCUUAUCAAUGUUGCUCAUCCUGAUCAUAGAGAAGCGCUUGAAAAAGCUGCCUUUGAACGUCUCAAAGGCAUGCCUGAACCUUAAAUUUUGUAUUUAUUUAUAUUAAAAUUGAUUCAACAGAUUAGA